AUGUCGCUCUUUCGUACAAAAGAAUGGUGGAGAACAGAAUGUGGAAAUGGAGAGACAUUCGACGGCCAAAGUCUGCUGGUGGUGCCUCUUUUUGGCGAGGAAAAACGUGAUAUAAUUAUUGUGGCUAGUCACAGCGGUAACCUGAGGAUUUACAGUCCCUCGGCGCAAUGGAACGAUGAGACAAACUCAUCAAGUGGUUACAAAUUAACCGAUCUCAUAAUAGAAACUAAAAUUGCAGACUGCAUAAUCGACGUGAAAUCCGGAAAAUUCGUUUCGGGUUCUCAGGAUGUUCGUCUUGGUGUGCUGAUGCCGACCAAGCUCGUCGUUUAUGGUGUUACACUCACGGCGGGAUCCACGGAGCAUGGUGAUCGGUGCGUUCUGGAAGCUGUUUACGAGCACGAAUUGCCGCGUUUUCCUGCGUCACUCGUAUCUGGACCAUUCGGCGCUGCACGUGGUCGUGAUUUUUUCUGCGUACAGUGUAUCGAUGGUACAUUGUUGUUUUAUGAACAAGAGAGUCAUACGUUUGUACAGACGUUGAAAAAUCGACUGCUGCCGGAACCCAUCGCUUAUGCGCCCAAAAAUGAUGUUUUUAUUACCACAACUCCAGGAUGGUGUCUCGAGUGCUACAGGUACCAGAAUAUGGCGGAAUUCGGGAGGACUGCGGAGGAGAGGAAGAUGAAGGGAGAGGAGAGAUCGCUGGAGCCAGAUUGGACUUAUAAUCUGGGCGAGGCUGUAUUGGGAAUCGAACCGGUGACACUCACCAGCUUCGAGGUCGGUAUCGUCGUCCUCGGGGAGAGGAAUCUCUACUGCUUCCGCGAUAACUGCACCGGUGUCAAAUACGCCAAGAGACUCGAUUACACACCACUAUGUUUUCAUGCUUAUGUAAUUGAACCGGACGGCAAGCUGAUGGUUCUCGUCGUCGCCGACACGGACACCCUGCUGGUUUACGAGGGCACGACACUCAAGUGGUCCGCGCAAUUGCCUUUCACACCUGUCGCGAUUGCGAGAGCCCAUUUUCAGCAGUUGGAGGGUGUCGUCGUCAUUCUCUCGGACGAGGGGCGACUUGAGGCCUGCUACCUCGGCGCCGAGCCGUCUCUCUUCGUUGCUCCGCCUAUUCAUCGACGGGGAUUCGAUUACAAAGCCGCUGAGGACGAGCUCGUUGAGCUGAGGAAAAUAGCGAAGAGCACUUGCAAUACCAGCAAAGAGAUAGCCUCCGCUACGGUGGAAUCUGAACUCCUGGUGACGGUCGAUAUCUCGAAGGAUCUUGAGAAAUCUCCGGCGACUGGGGAGAACGAGGGAGAACAGGACUCAAUGUGUCGGAUCAGUAUUGAGGUGUCAUCGUACACUCCAUUGACAAAUGUUGAACUUAAUAUCGAAGUUUUGCGGCCGUUGGUGGUUACGGAUGGCUACCAUAUAUUCCCAACUUUGCGUGAACGUCAACUAAUUCAAACAACAAUCUACAUAACCGAAGCCUUACCACUGCUGUCAUCAGAGGCCCGAAUAACAGCAUCGUACGAGACUGACAACGGUGGCCUUCGUGUCCUCCAAAAGCCCAUCCAAUUGCCAUUGAGAAUGAUGCUGCGUGCCUGUCCACCCGAGAAUAACGCGUCCUUCUCGGUCACGAUUAAGUGCCUGGAUCCCCUCGUAAAUUUCAGCCAGCUCUUUCCCGAAUUCAUCGUGGACACCACACAGCGUCAGUCGUCAAAUGCACUUGGUCUGCGUAUUUUAAAUACCAAUCACGUUGUUACGAUUGUUGCUGGUACAAAUACUAAUCGGUAUCGAGUACAAUCUAACGAUCCACUGUCUGUGACUGUUGUUCUCCAGCAGAUGGUCGCAAGACUUAAAUCUAGAUCACCCGGAAGUAUUUUAACUUCGAUCGGACAGAACCAUCUGCAACUGGUUCAGACCCAAAUCGAAGCUCACUUCGCCAGUCGUCAAAGGGUUAAAAUCCUAUCGAAUGAGGUAGCUUUGUUGACAACUCAACUUCGUAACAUCGAACGGAAGAUUCUACGAGGAAUUCGGGACAGGAAUGUUCGAUCCCUUGGGGCGACAGGCUUGCCAGUGCUUCUCGAAUCAACUUACCGGGCAAUGUUCUUCAAUCUCCAGGAGUUAGAAGCAGCACAAGCUGAACGCAAGAGAGCUGGUCAUGGUUUACAGUGUGCUGUGAGGUUACUGCUCCUGCUGAUACGACCCAAUGUAAACGACGAAAAAUACGCGAUACUCGAGUCGGCCAUUGGUUUCGAGCCACAGCUGCGUGACGAUGUGGACUGGGAGGAAGUGGCAGACGUAGCCCUCUUCGCACUUCUCCGUGCGACCUCGAGGAAGCCGGAAAACGAGCCGUCGACAAGACAGCUGACCUGGAACAAAUUCGACACUGCAAGGGACCUCGCCAAGCUAAAAAAACGCCUGGUCCAUGCAGUCGAACGUUUGAGCAAGCCCUUGGAGUCGGUUCAAGAGAAUGAGCCGGGUGAUAACGUGUAAUGAUCGCCGAAAAAGUGGUCGGAGAGGGGUUACCGAAGAUGGCGAGAGAUUAUUCCAUCUAUCGAGAUCACGAGCGAUUUCCACCCAGCGUCCAGCCAACUCGAUAAAUCGUGUAUCUGGGCAGUGGUACGAGCCAUGAAAAUGCGAGAGUGGAGGUACAAGUGGAGGAGUCAGGGCUUAUCGCGCUGAAUCUUCGGCGGUAUGCUCAAUUACGCAGCGAUUGGAAAACAGAGGAAUAUGGAUAACGAUCCGGCGGGUCUACCACCUACAUCUGAGUGA